CACUAUUUACACCAAAAACCCAAUCAAUCAGAGUCUUCCUCUUCCUCCUCUACGAGUACGAUCGCGAGUGUCGACCUAACCCUAGCGAAGGCCAACAAUGUCGUGGCUCGCGAGGUCCCUCGCCAACUCCCUCCUCCCUCCCCACGACGACGACGAUGAUGAUGGCGACGAAGGCGACGACCAUCCCCGCCCCAACCCCAACCCUCCCCGGCCGCCGCCGGGAUCGGCGGCGGCCACCGCCGACGAACAUGGAGUCGAUCCUGUGUCCCCCACGCGCGGGGUCAAGGAGGACAUCUCCGAGCUCACCAAAACCCUAACCCGCCAGCUCUGGGGCGUCGCCUCCUUCCUCGCCCCCCCUCCCCAAUCCCACACCCCGACCGCGGAGGCGGAUGAGGAACCCUCGGAUCAAGAUCGGGAGGCCUCGGAUUCGUCGGUGAUCGCCGGGAUCCGGAGCGACAUCGCGGAGAUCGGGGGGAGGUUCAGGACGGGGAUCUCGAAGAUCUCCGGGCACAAGGCGGUGUCGGAGAUCUCCAAAAUUGCGUCCACGUUCAUACCCUUCGGAUCCGAGGAUGACGACGACGACGCGGCGGCGGAGGAGGAACGAUCUGAAGCGAGGCUUGGUGGAGGUGGUGGUGGUGUCGGCGGCAGCGGUGUGAUCGGCGUAACGGAGGAGGUGAUCACGUUCGCGAGGAACAUCUCGAAGCAUCCAGAGACGUGGUUGGAUUUCCCGUUGCUUCCCGAAGAAGACGAUUUCGAAGAUUUUGACAUGUCUGAUGCCCAACAAGAGCAUGCAUUGGCUGUCGAGCGCCUUUUACCUAGAUUAGCAGCCUUAAGAAUUGAACUUUGCCCGAGCCACAUGAGUGAAGAUUGCUUUUGGAAAAUUUAUUUCGUGCUCCUACAUCCCAGACUCAAUAAGCAGGAUGCUGAACUUCUGUCAACUCCUCAGAUUGUAGAAGCCAGGGCCAUGCUACAGAGGCUACAGAAUCAGACAAAGUUGGAAAAGCAAGCGCCCACUAUCGAUCUCUCCUACAAGAAACCAGACCAACUUGCAACUCCAGAGGAUAAGCACUUUUCAGCUUCGAGAGAUACCUACGAAUCCUUAACACCCAAUACACAAGAAACCAAAGCUACUUUCCCUGAAAUGGAUCUGGAGACCGAAAAGCACCCAAUCCUUACAAUGGAGAAACAAGUAAUAGAUAAGUCCGUGAUUGAAGAAGAGCUAUUAAAGCAACAUCCCUCCAGAGAUAAGAUCCAGCCGUCGGAAGUAUCUAUUGAAAAGUUUGACGAUGAAGAUGACGCCGACGACUGGUUGAAAGAGGAGGACGAGGAGGAGACGGGCGUUCCUGUGAACACCUCGCUUCCAAUAGGAAAUGAGGAGGAUGUAUCCUUUAGUGAUCUCGAGGAAGACGACGAUGAUCAUACAAAAUGAUGUCCACGCAAAUGGACAAGCAAUUCGAAACAGAUGUCGGCCCGACCCAAGUUGGAGCUCUCUCAGUUUCACAUAAAUGUCGGUUUACUGUUCAUAUAAGCAAAACCAACCAGUUAUGAAGCGAUCGGGCUUUCGUGUCGCUGCUGUAUUUUACAUCUGUUCGUUUCUGUCUCCGCCUCAUGUUCUUUCAUUCGUUCGCAUUCUCUGUAGAUAAACGCCGUGCACAAUUCUUUAUGUUCCCUGAAGUUGCCUAUUGAUCUGUUUAGUUAUAUCUCAGAAUGGAUUGCUCGUGUUUGUUCAUAUGAAUUGCUUAUAUUUUGCUCCGCAGAGUGAUAUAAGAGCUACGAAAAUAUUAGCUCAUGUAGGUUGAAAUGGA